GUUUUUGUGGUCUUUUGUAUACCAAAUGUUCAAUUAGUGUCAUCUAUUCCCCCUGUGAACCCCGCGGUUCUCCAGUAAUGGAGUCAAUGACCAUGGAAGCAGACCAACUACAACCCUCAACCCACAUGGAACAUGACUUGGAACGACCCAUAGAUGCGGAGUGCCUCAAAUGCGGGCAUUGCCAGAAAUCUUUCACGCGUAAAGAACAUCUAAAACGCCAUCUUGCCAGCCAUACUCCGCUACGGCAGUUUAGCUGUUCAAUAUGCUCUCGAGAGUUUCACAGAAGGGACUCGUUGAAGCGACAUAUGGCUAUCCAUGGCCAUAAGGCAGCUCAAUCAUUCGCCACUAACUUGCCUGGUAUAAAACGGUCUACUCGGGCGUGUCUUAACUGUGUACGCUCUAAGCAACGGUGCAUUGGUAACGUGCCGUGUGAGCGAUGUAGUCAUAAGAGGGCACGCUGCGUCUAUCCAACCUCGACACCUAAGACUAUAGGGGAAUCGAAUAUGUCUAAGUUAACAUCUUCAGAUGCUUGGUCUACUCCCACACCCGGCCACGCGCAGAGGGCAGACGAAACCACGCAGGGUAAUGCAAGUACUGCGCCUAUAGGGGGAUCUGAUUCGCUUACUUCAGAUGAUCGUACCAUGAACACGGACUUUAUGGAGGUCGACCCUCUUGGGGAAUUUGGUAAUAGUUCACGUAUAAUCCAUACGCCAGCAAAUUCCGACAAAAUAAAUGUGCCAUCUUUACCUCAGAUGUCGUUUUCGGAACUAGACACCUUCAGUGAUUUCCUGUUUCAUCCAUUUGCCCCAUGGCCUGAAGACGAUUUCGUAACACCAUUUGGCAUGGCAGGUUAUGAUGACACACCCAUUGUCACAGGCCUAGAUGGUCUGCAAAGAUCACAUACGACCUCUAUCCGCCCGACACCCAUGGCAGACAUGCGGCCUCAUGUACCAACCCUGCCGGGCACCGAAACGGAAAAUGGUCCUCGAUUUCCUGUUCUUCGCCAAGAGGACAUGGAUACAGUUAUUUCCGAGAAAUUCGGCCAUGUACAGCAGAUGCCUGAAGCAGCCUACCAAAAAAUUAAGCAAUUUUAUCAAGAAGUGAAGACAACUUCUGCGGGUCUUGCAGCAGAUGACCUGCCGCCUUUGGAGCUUUUAGGCUCCUUCCUUGAACUGUAUUUUGAAUAUUUCAACCCUAUGAUACCAAUCAUACACCAGGCAACUUUUCAGCCAUCUUCGGAAAACUGGACUCUACUUCUGGCGAUGAUGACUGUGGGCGGUCAAUAUUCAACGCUUCAUGCUCGGGAGCAGUAUGUCACAGCACUGCAGGCACUAUUACAGCGUGCAAUAUCAGCCAAGAUCACGAAUAGGAUACUAGUCAAUGGCGGCCUCAGCUCCGCACAGUCCGUCUUCUUGCUUCAGAUGUGCCUGUUCUUCAAUGGCGCCAAACAAGGCCUAAUUGAUAUGCAGUGUCAACGAGGCUGGCUCCUGGCGAUGCUGCGUCCAAUACUUGCAAGCCAUGGCUCAAUCUUCCGUGGCACAGAGAUCUCUACCGAGAACAACGGUCAAUGGCUGAAUUGGAUUCGUCAUGAGUCGUGGUAUCGGCUAGUAUACUUCACAUGGUAUCUUGAAUGCGUGGGGUUCAUUCUGUUUGACCUACCGCCCAACCUUGACGUGACCGAGUUACAUCAGUCUUUGCCGUGCAGAGAAAGUCUGUGGGAUAGCUCGAAUGCUACUGAAUGGCAGAUACAAAUAUCGAAGUCAAAAGCAGAACCUCCGAGCUUAAGGCAGUUGUUGGGAAAGCACGGGUUGAUAAGAGAGACAAUGCCAGAGCUCGGUGAUGCAGCGCACUUGAUCGUUCUGCUGUCGCUGUAUGUGGAAGAAAACCGUAUUUUGCAAAUGACCAAUUCUUGGAUAUACUCGCAAGGGAUCCAUACACUCAAUAACAGUGAUCAUUCUGAGUGCGAAUGUAUACAUGAUCGAAGUUACUGGUCUAUACCUCGACGACAGGAGACAAUGCUAGACAGAUAUUUUGAGUAUUUCAGGCUCAAAACACAAUCACCUUCAGAGAACCCAUUAUUGCAAGACAUCAUGUCGAAAACAUAUCAUAUGGUCUCCAUUCUCCGACUUGUGCCGCUGAAUACGCUGCGCAUAUCUUCCAGCUGGAUGACAACCCCCGAGAAGGUUGAACGAGCGAGGAAGGAGCUUGAGGCGUGGAUAGAUGGAGGACACAGCGCUCGAAGAGCUCUGCUGCAUGCAGCUGCAUUAUUUAAAUCCAUCCGAGAUCAGCGUACAGCGAUCCAUUCUGAUCCAUGGUAUAUGAUGGCGGCUUCUCUCUGCAUCUGGACUUACAUAAAGCUGUCAAAACAAAAUGGGAUACCUUCUACAGAUCACCCGUUAAGAAUCGAUAAACUGUCUGAUUCGCUAGCUUUGCAGUCAUGGCUCAACGGUUCACAGACUAUGAGCGUGCAUAUCACGGGAAUCGGAAUUCUGGACGAAGCUGACAGCGCAACCCGAACAUUACAUCAGACCAUAAAGAUACUGCGUCGAGGUGGCUCGUGGGGUCAAAUUGGUCGUCAUUUCGCGGCCGUCUUCCAGCAGGUACUGGAUGGGUCGACUCCAUCGCCUCCAGCUUGAUUUCCCGUUGUUCGAGAUACGGAGGUAUUCCAAUUGGGCCUCGAUCGAAACUGAAAUACCAGAUUACUGCCUUUUUCCAUCCACGCAGUCCGCUUUUGAGCCAGCAGUGACUGUAUUAGGGCUAUCCAAAUCAUGCCCGGGCUUGAUAUGCCUUCGGGCGCGGGGGGCGAAUGGAAGCUGCUGGACAUGUGUCGCAUAUUAUGCCAGCAUUGUUUAUCGGUCUCCGGACGCUGACGAGAUGGAGGAUAUUUGGGUCAUGCUUAGUGUAAACUAUCCUUUCGGAAGCGAUGAUGACGCAGCUGACUGUUUUGACGGGUACCUCAGAAGCACUGGGAUGAGAAUGCAGGGAGGCUGUUGG